AUGGUUGCCUUGAAACGUACGGGUCUGUCCCUUUUCGUCGCAGGCAGCGUAGCCUUGACAGCUUCCAACCCGCCAUUUAUGCAGAACAACUCCAAUCCGGCAUUCAUCGACCAGCUCGCCGACAUCGUCUCCCGCUAUGCCAGCGUCAAGCCCUUUACCGGUCAUGGUCUUGCUCGAUUCGUCGAUGGUCAAGGCAACUCGAUGCGAUGGACGGUUGAUAUUGAAUGCCAGUCCACGCAGGUAGGGCAUAUGCCGAACGAAAGCCCUCGGCAUCCCCUGCUCUUCGCCACAGAGGGGCCAAGUGCAAAGUUCUGCACUCUGGUCCAGGCCUGUCCCACCUCGGAACUGGUCGACAUCUCAAACACAACCCAGACCUGCACGCGGAUAACGACUGCCGAGGGAUACUGCAAUCAAGAGUGUGCCUACGAGCCUCUGUGCGACCCCAAAUCACUCACCACCACGCUCGAUGAGCUCGAGGGUCGACUGGAGGGCGCCUCGUUGGUUCCCAUCAAGUUUAACGGCAAGACGGACGUCACAAACCCGGAGCAUCGUCUGUGUUCAAGGCCCGACUUCACCAAGAAGGGAGGGGCAGUGAACACGGGGGAGUUGGAUAAUUUUCAGUACUAUUGUCAGCAUGCUGCCGCGACUGGCGGAAUAGCAGAUUUCGACAUGACCGACAUCAACGGAUACGUCGCCAUCGACCACACCAGGGAAGAGAUUAUUCUCGCCAUUCGCGGCUCUUGGAGCGUACGAAACUGGAUGGCGGAUGCUUUGACUUUCCAAAUAGAGUGCCCGUUUAGCAGUGGCUGCCGAAUCCAUGCCGGAUUUUGGCUUGCCUGGAGCCACAUCCGAGAACGAGUGACGAACAUAAUAAUCGAAUCCCACGACAAGCACAGAAACUACAAAGUCAUCGCCACCGGCCAUUCCCUCGGCGGCGCGGUCGCGACGAUUGCUGCCGUUGACAUUUACUUUCGGAAAAAGAUACUCGUGGACGCCUACACCUACGGCUCGCCACGCAUCGGCAACAAUGAUUUUGCCAACUUUGCCUCCUUGCAGCCCGGCAACAUCUACCGUAUCACCCAAGGCAACGAUCUCAUCACCGUCCUGCCCACUCUGAGGAUGGGCUACGCCCAUACAACUCCGGAGUACUGGAUCAGCAACGCGACGGCAAGUUCUCCCACGACGGACGAUUUUGUCAAGUGUUUGGGCAUUGCGAACAGCGACUGUAGCCUCGGCAGCCCAGGGGUUAGUCUCAAAGCACACUCGGCUUAUUUUGGAUUAAUCGACGGCUGCAAGCCGGCAAUGCCCGAUUUCAAGCGAUGA